AUGCCCAGGAGCAUAGGACAGACAUCGCGAAGAACAUAUGCAGCCGAAGCACCACCGCCCCAUCCACCCAGUUCGCCGCCAAAUCCAAACUCGGCACCACCGCCAAAAGAGCCAUCGCGAGUAGGCGCAUAUUACGGCACCUUUGGCUCACCCCUCCUAAAAUGCUUCCUCGGCGCCCUCUUCACAUACCAAUUAUCGUACUACCUCUGGUAUAAACUCGAAGCUAUUGAGGAGACACACGACACAAAGGCUGAAAUACGCGAUCUACAAGAGGAACUUCGGCAGGCGAUAGAGAAACAGCGGUACAUGGCGCAGCAGAAGUGGGGGGAGGCUACUGAGGCUCUUGAGAGGGAGAAGGCAGAAUUUGGCCAGGCAGUAGAUGCUGUCACUGAGGACCCUUCACCCGAAGAACUCGCCAGAGACAAGCGACUCCCACGGCUUGCCUGUAUCCCAGACGCGCUUCAUGAGCGUACUGACUUUGGGUACCUAAUGCAAAUCCAAACCCCUCCACAUUCCUCAACCGAUCGAUAA